CUAAUUUAUAUAACAAGUAACAUCGAUCCAUUAGACACCGACAGGUGCAAUAUCCUAACCAAUUAUUUCCUGCCAUCAAAUCUUUUGCUGGGGUAGGAUAAAAAGAUUAUUAUUAUAUUUUUUCAAUUCCUAUGAACAUCAAUUAUUAUUACCAUUAUUUUGAGAAGAAAUAUCUGCAUGCAUGGGGCUAAUCUAUCAAGAUCGUGAUUCACAAUGUUUCCAAAGGUCAUAAGUUAAUUUACUGUAAGAAAACAUCCAGGAGAAGCUGCAAAGACAGUAACAGAGUCCAAUCAACAACAAUGGAUACUAGUAGACUUGUGUACGGAAGUCUUCUCAUUCAGCUACUGAUCAUUGUGCAGGGAAUUCAUUUAAGUUGUGCCAGAGAAAUUGAUUCUAAGCAGAGUACUGAUGUAUUACGCCUUCAUAGCAUGGAUCAUGAGAUUGAAGAUCCUCAAGUGGAAGAAGAAUUGCAUACUCAUUCUGAUUCUGCUUCAUCCCAUAUGAUGAUGAUGAUGCAUCAUAAUAUGGAUCCAUCCACAAUUGUGUUCUUCCAGUUAGAAGAUUUGAAGUUAGGCCAAAAAAUUCCCAUCUUUUUCCCAGACAGAGAUCUUCCUUCUCCGUCUUCUCCAUCUUCUUUACCAAAAUCAGUAGCAGAUUCCAUCCCUUUUUCACUGAAACACCUUCCAUAUCUUCUCCAACGCUUCUCAUUCUCAAAGGGAUCACCCCAAGCCAUAGCCAUGGAAAACACACUAAGAGAAUGCGAAACCGAUCCCAUCCAAGGAGAGACUAAACUCUGCGCCACUUCCUAUGAAUCCAUGCUUGAUUUUGCUACCAAAAUCCUAGAUUCUGAAAAUGAAAUCAAGCUUUUGUCCACUGUUUAUCUCACAAAGCCUAAUAAUGGAGUUCAAGAAUACACAAUCAUUGAAGAUCCGUUUCCAAUUCAAGCUCAAAAAAUGGUGGCUUGCCAUACAAUGCCUUAUCCUUAUACAGUUUUCUACUGUCAUUAUCAGAGGAGUGAGAGCCGGGUUUUUAAGGUUUCUCUCAAUGGUGAUGAAGAAGGUAAUAACAACAGGGUUGAAGCUUUAGCUGUUUGCCACAUGGAUACUUCUCAAUGGAACCCUAAUCACAUUUCAUUCCAAGUGCUCAGAACAAAACCAGGGGAAUCCCCUGUUUGCCAUUUCUUCCCCGCAGAUAACUUUGUUUUGGUUUCAGUUCCAUCUGCUUCCUCAAUCUAGUAGUCCGGUAUAUUUUGCUGGAAAGGUUAUUGUAUUUGGUUAGUCAAUCCUCUUGCUGCAAAGCCUUUGUUAAUCCAAAAGUGUGCAAGUAGCAGAGGUUAUUACUGUUUGUUGAAUAAACAUUGGUUUUGGGUGUUUAUACUUGAUAGUGUAUAGAUAUAUCAUGCAGAGCAAUGAUAUUGCUAGUGAAAAAUUAUAGUGAAUUUGGAUAUUGACAAAUAAAAAGACAAAUGUACCACGCACUUACUAAACAUGUCUAGUUAUUAAUCGAGGUAAAAAUAUAAUUUUUGGAAAAUAAAAAUAAAACUUCAAUGGAAAAGUGACAAAAAACUAAGGGACAUGAUUAAUCCACAUAAGUCACUAUAUUUUGU